UUUUGAAUAUGGUUUGGUUCCAAAUUUUGUCAGCGGAACUAUUAUGUCGCUAGUAUCGCACAUUUAGUCCGACUGGCGGAGCCAUAUUGAAACUCUUUCUUGUUUCCCUUUGGUCUGGUGACAGCACACAGGCCAAGAUGGGUCGACGUCCAGCGAGAUGUUACCGCUACUGCAAAAAUAAGCCCUACCCCAAAUCACGUUUCUGUCGUGGUGUGCCAGACCCGAAGAUUCGUAUCUUCGAUUUGGGCAGGAAGAAGGCUUCAGUUGAAGACUUCCUGUGUGUGCACUUGGUGUCUGAUGAAUAUGAACAGCUCAGCUCCGAGGCCCUUGAAGCCGGUCGUAUUUGCUGCAACAAAUACCUGGUAAAGAACUGUGGUAAGGAUCAGUUCCACAUUCGUAUGAGAUUGCAUCCGUUCCACGUUUUACGUAUCAACAAGAUGUUGUCCUGUGCUGGAGCUGAUAGGCUCCAGACUGGAAUGAGAGGUGCCUAUGGUAAACCUCAAGGUACCGUCGCUCGCGUUCGCAUUGGUCAACCAAUCAUGAGCGUACGCUCUAGCGACCGUUACAAGGCGCAGGUCAUCGAAGCUCUGCGUCGUGCGAAGUUCAAGUUCCCUGGUCGCCAGAAGAUCUACAUCUCAAAGAAAUGGGGCUUCACUAAGUUCGAGCGCGGACAAUACGAAGAAUUGAGGGACGGAGGUCGCCUGUCCCAUGAUGGCUGCAACGUACAGUAUCGUCGUGAGCAUGGACCAUUGGCCGCGUGGAAGAAGGCGCAGGUGGUCGGCUUCGGCGGCGAGAACUGUUAAGUUUUCAUAUUUAACAAUAGAAAAAUGAAUGAAAACCAA